CAUUAUCAGCUGGAAACCGCAGGCCACGCCUAGUCCAGCCCCACCCAUGCCCAUCUCAGUCAAAUAGUGUAAUAUGGGGGAAAGAUUAUUCUCUUUAUUUUUAAUUUUUAUUAUUUUAUUUUCGUCUCUAAGAGAAGGAGGAGAGGCAAAGAAAAGAGAAGGCUCUUCUCAUAAAGGAAAUUGUGAAAUUUGUAAUAAAUUCGUGGAAAACUUUGAACAUGGUUUGAAAGAUACUGAAAAUAAUUCAUUUGCAGGUGGAGACACAAGCUGGGAGGAAGAAAAUAAAAAAAUAUAUUCGAAAAGCGAGUUGAGACUGGUUGAAAUCAUGGAUGGGGUGUGCUCAACUAAUGAUUAUCAGUGUAGUAGAUUUGUUGAGACAUACGAAGAGGAUAUUGAGAGAUGGUGGCUAAAACUUAAAGAAAAUGGUCAUCCUGAUCUGAGGGAAUGGCUGUGUUACACUCAUGCUGAUGUUUGUUGUCCUCCUGGUACUUAUGGCCCAGAAUGUUCUGAGUGCCCUGGAGGAAAAGAUAACCCAUGCAAUGGCCAUGGUACAUGUAAAGGAGAAGGAGAGAAAGAUUUGAGAAAAGGAUCCGGUACAUGUGCAUGUAACAGCGGUUACCAUGGCAGCUUUUGUGACUCCUGUAAGCCGGGAUAUUACCUGGAGGAUGAUGGAAAGAACUGCAGAAGGUGUCACAGGGCUUGUUUGAAGACGUGCAAUGGAUCUGGACCUGAUUCUUGUGAUGAAUGUGCCAAAGGAUACAAGAGAGAUGAAGAGGGAGGAGAUUGUGAAGAUAUCAAUGAGUGUGAUGAUGAUGAUGAUGAUGAUGAUGAUGAUGAUGAUGAUGAUGAUGAUGAUGAUGAUGAUGAAUCAACUACUGCUUAUUGUAAAGGUGGAACUUACUGUGUGAAUAAACCAGGAACUUAUGAAUGUGAAAAGUGUGAUAGAUCUUGCAAGCAUUCAUGCACUGGCCCUGGGCAUGGCUCAUGUGUUGACUGUGCCAGUGGAUACAGGAAUGAAUCAGGAAACUGUCAAGACAUAAAUGAGUGUGUUGAAGGAAUGGCCAAGUGUAAAGAUGGAACUUAUUGUGAUAAUAAUUUGGGAAGCUUUCUUUGUAAAGAUUGUGAUAGUGUGUGUGAUGGAUUAUGUACAGGAGAAGGACCAGGUGGCUGUGUCUCUUGUAAGGACGGAUAUAAAAUGGAGGAGGGAAGAUGUGAAGAUGUGAAUGAGUGCAAGGUCUCCUCUCCAUGUGACGAAGACUCAGAGAAUUGCAUAAACAUGCCUGGCAGCUACAGCUGCAAGUGUAAAGCUGGUUACACUAGAUUCAGAGGAGACUGUGUUUUAUGGGAAGAUGCAGACAGACUUAGAAAUCAAGACAUACCACCGGCUAACACUAACAAAAAGAAUAAAAAGAAACCUGUUAAAUCCAAACCCCAAGUAGAGGAAGGAGCUGAUUACGAAAAAGCUGAUACCACACCCACUGAUGGAUCUAUUAAUAGUAACAAUGAGGAAUCUAUUGUGACUGAUUCCCAAGCUUCAGCCACUCCCCCUGAUGCACGUGAAGAAUUAUGAGCAGCUCAGAUUUCGGUUUUAGGAAGCAAUAUUUUUGUAAUUAACUAUUUAUUUAUUACAAAUACAAUAACUGCUGUAACAAUAUUAAUCUGAAGUCCAUAUGAUAUAUUAAUAAUGAUUUUACUGCAAAAUAAAGUGGACACUUGUCGUUUUCAUUUCAGUAAAA